UAUCAUAAAGAUACCUACUCCCAUAUGCUUAUCACAGCACUAUUCACAAUAUCAAAGAUAUGGAAUCAACCUAAAUGUCUAUCAAUGUAGGACUGGGUAAAGAAAAUGUCAUUGAAAGACCCUGGGUGAGGAAUUUGUGGCUUUAGCAGAUUGAGAUCAUGGCAGGUCCAGAAGCUGAUGAACAAUUUCAGUUCACUGGUAUUAAAAAAUAUUUCAACUCUUAUAGUCUCACAGGUAGAAGGAAUUGUGUACUGGCCACACACGGAGGCAUUGCUUUGAUUAUCUUAUAUUUCAAUUUAAGGUCCAAAAACACUCCAGCUGUGAAAGCAACAUAAAUGGAUUUUAAACUGUCUCUGGUUCUUAACCUCAUCUGUUAAGUUCCAUGCCUGGAGAAGCUAAUCCCAACUCAUCAUGUGAUAAUACAAUUUGUACAAUAAAUUAUGAACCUGGAAAAAAAAGAAAA